GUCGGUGGGAGCUGAAAAGUGACAGCUGCACGCUCGGCAUGGAGGGGAAUAGCAAAGGCAGGAAGAGGGAGCCUGAGGGCUCUCUGGACUGCAUCAAUGUGGAGUUUGAGUAUGAUGAUACUGAUCAUGCUACGGCAGAAUUAGCAGAGUUGUACAGCUACACAGAAGAACCAGAACUAAGACUGAACCAAAAGUGCUUUGAAGAAGCUUUUACCAGUCAAGUGAAGAACAUCAGAUGGACAUCCUUAAGCUCCGCCCAGCACAGAACUCACAUAAUGCGUCUGCUGGAUGAUCUAGAGGUCGUAAACAGGGAAAAGCGUCUCUCAGCAGCUAGAGCCAUUCUGUACCUAGCACAAGGUGUGUUUGGAGAGUGUGACAGUGAAGCGGAUGUCAUACACUGGUCCCGAUAUAACUGCUUUCUCCUUUACCAGAUGGGAACAUUUGCAGCAUUUCUCGAACUAUUAAACAUGGAAAUUGCGAAUAGUCAAGCCUGUAGCAGUGCUCUAAGGAAGCCAGCUUUAUCUUUAGCAGACAGCACUGAGCUCAGAGUGAUCCUGAGUGUUAAGUAUCUUCUAGUUGAAACCAUACGUCAAGAGCUUGAGAGCGAUGACUCUGAAUGGAAUGUCCAACGGGAAACGUUUCGUGCAGAGCUAGCUUUCCCAGUACAUAGUGACGAACCCUUCGCUCAUCUUCUUUUCACAAUGGUGACCAAGUUCUGCAGUGGUCACUCUCCUCAUUUUCCUAUGAAGAAGGUCUUGUUGUUGCUAUGGAAAGUGAUAUUGUUCACACUUGGAGGAUUCUCAGAGCUUCAGAAGAUGAAGGAGAAGAAAAGAUCUGAGUUGGGUCUUCCACCACUCCCCGAAGACAGCAUUCAGGUGAUGAAAAACAUGAGGGCUAUGUCACCUCUCUCCUAUGGCAUAGAAUUAGGGGAGCAGCAGAAACGAGGUCGGCGCAGCCGGAGGGACAGUCUGGACCUAUAUAACGAGAAGGACCCUUUCAAAAGCGAAGAGCCAUCAGGGCUUGAAGAGGAAGAAAAUGAGGACACAGAUAGCAUAAUGGAUACAGAGGCUGAUAUGCAGGAGAGGGAUUUAAUUUCCCAACCAUUGAUAAACCUACGAAAUAACACAGAGAGAGUGAGCUUCCCUAGGGGCCUUCCCUGGGCACCUAAAGUCAGGGAGAAAGACAUCGAAAAUUUCUUGGAGAUGAGUCGUCACAAGUUCAUCGGUUUCACUCUUGGGCAUGACACAGACACCUUGGUGGGGUUACCUCGUCCGAUCCAUGAAAGUGUGAAGACCCUGAAACAGCACAAAUAUAUUUCCAUUUCGGACAGUCAGACAAAGAAAGAAAUGGAGCUGGAGCAAUGUCCAAUUUUACUGGGUGAAGAAGAGGUGGAGGAAACUCCAUGUGAGUGUCUGUACAGGGCAAUGCUGUUAAACAUACCUCAUUACAUGAUUGCCCUGUUGAAGAUCCUUCUGGCUGCUGCUCCUACCUCUAAAGCUAAGACUGACUCUAUUAAUAUUUUAGCUGAUGUCCUGCCUGAGGAAAUGCCGAUCACAGUGUUAGAGAGUAUGAAGCUGGGGAUUGAUGUGAAUCGCCAUAAAGAGAUCAUAGUGAAGACAGUCUCCGCUAUUUUAUUGCUUCUGCUGAAACAUUUAAAGCUAAACCACAUCUACCAGUUUGAGUUUAUGUCUCAGCACCUGGUGUUUGCCAAUUGCAUCCCUCUGAUCCUGAAAUUCUUCAAUCAGAAUAUAAUGUCAUACAUCUGUGCCAAGAACAGUAUUUCUUCUCUAGAUUUUCCAUCAUGUGUUCUCCAUGAGUUGCCAGAGCUGACCGCCGAGAGUUUGGAAACUGGGGACAACAACCAAUUCUGUUGGAGGAAUCUGUUCUCUUGUAUUAACCUGCUACGCAUCCUUAAUAAACUUACAAAGUGGAAGCAUUCUCGUACCAUGAUGUUGGUGGUAUUUAAGUCUGCCCCAAUUUUGAAACGAGCACUUAAAGUCAAGCAGGCCAUGAUGCAGCUCUAUGUACUCAGGCUACUUAAGCUACAGACCAAAUACUUAGGUCGACAGUGGAGGAAAAGCAACAUGAAAACGAUGUCUGCAAUUUAUCAGAUGGUGCGUCACAGAAUGAAUGACGAUUGGGCAUACGGCAAUGAUCUGGAUGCCAGACCAUGGGACUUCCAGGCUGAGGAAUGUACUUUGCGCGGAAAUAUUGAGAGCUUCAACAGCCGGAGGUAUGAAAAAAACCCAGGUUGGGAGUUUGCACCAGUUGACAACUGUCUGCAGAGUGUUGUGGGGCAAAGGUUGGAGCUUCCUGAAGAUUUCCAUUACACGUAUGAGCUCUGGCUGGAAAGAGAGGUCUUCUCGAAACCCAUCAACUGGGAGGAACUUCUUCAGUAUUCCUGACAGCCAACAUAGAAGUGUAUUUUAUACUUUUAUUAAACAUAGAAGCCAUUUUCUAAAUAAAACUUUGUAUGUCUAAUUGUGAUUAAAAUAUGAUUAUAAUAAAGGUUAUCUGAUACAAA